UUCCCUCCUGGACCACUUAUAAAACCCAGGCAGAGGUAAUGCAGCAAGGACAGAGAGGGUCCCACCAGGUCACCACCCUGAUCACCUCAGCACUUAUCAGCAAUCAUAACUGCUCGUCUUCUUUUGAAGAUGACACUCACUCUGGUAUUCAUCCUGUGUGCCAUCCAUGUGGUCUGCUGCUAUCCUACUGCCUUCCAGGACCUGGGGGAAAGUAGCCGUAGAAAACAGAACCUCCAUUAAGUUCCUGGCCAUUGGUGACUGGGGUGGCUUGCCCUAUCCACCUUACAUCACCGCCGUGCAGAAGGCUACAGCUCAGGAAAUGAGCAAAGUAGCAGAGCAGAUGGGAGCGGACUUUGUUCUGGCGCUUGGUGACAACUUCUACUACAAAGGUGUGAACAGUGUAGAUUCUCCUCGCUUCAAGGACACAUUUGAGUCUGUAUACACAGCAAAGUCUCUGAAAAUUCCCUGGUAUGUGGUCGCUGGGAAUCAUGACCACGCAGGAAAUGUCAAAGCCCAGAUCGACUACAGCCAGCGAUCUGACAGAUGGAAAUUCCCUGCUUACUAUUAUGAGCUGAACUUCCACAUCCCCAACACUCAGAAGAUCCUGACCAUCAUCAUGCUCGACACUGUGCUGUUGUGCGGUAACUCUGAUGACUUCUUGGACGGGCAGCCUAAAGGGCCCCUGCUCACAGCGGAGGCCAAUCGUCAGCUGGUCUGGCUGCAGGACAGGAUGGCUCGGUCUAGAGCCGACUUCUUAUUGGUGGCAGGUCACUAUCCUGUGUGGUCUGUGUCCGAACAUGGGCCCACCCAGUGUCUUCUUCAGAAGCUUCAUCCCCUGCUGAAUAAAUACAAAGCCACUGCCUACCUCUGUGGCCAUGAUCACAAUCUGCAGUACAUUGAGGAGUCUGGUGUGGGCUACGUGGUGAGUGGUGCCGGAAACUUCCUGGAUCCGGAUGUCCGUCACUGGAAACAGGUUCCUGAAGGUUCUGUGAAGUUCUUCACAGGUCAGGCCUCAACGCUCGGAGGCUUCAUCCAUGCAGAAGUCACAAAGAACAAGAUGAUUGUGACUUUCUAUCAGGCUAAAGGCACUUCCCUCUAUCGCACUGUCCUCUCACAACGGAACAUGGAGGAAUGAACUAAUCACAGGAAUAGUGAUGUGAUCAAAUGCAUUCCGUUUUAAUCUGCAGUGUAGUUUGAGGAAAAAAAAACUGUUCUGUGUUUUAACUGUGGCAUUAACAUUUCAUAUGUUUUAAAGAGAAUCAAUUAGUUUUACAUCUACGUGCUUCGUAUGAGAAUAAAUGUUUGUACAGAAUGUCUUG